AUGAACAGAGAUAUAGGACAGAGGCAGAGAGCUCAGCACCUACCUCACCCGUGCACAGCAGCACAACUGAGGGAACCAGAGAAGACAGGGCCUCCUCGGGCGCCCACAACAUCAGGAGGGACCCUGCUCCAACCACACGGCCCAGCAGUUCGAGACCAGAAGAUCUUACGCAGCGGAACUCAUGGACACAGGGAAGUGACUCCCAAGCCAAAACAGGCACGGGGAUCGAUGCGGCUCCAGCACUGCAUGAGAGAACUCAAGCGACACCCGACCAACACUUGUUCCCAGCGGUACCCUGCCACGACAGAAGGCUACUUAGCAGCUGAUGCAGAGAACUCUUUACCACGGCCUGCACGUGGCGUUGGAUGA